GUGCCUCUCCUUUCUUUUUAGAAGAAACAGCUGAGAAGAGCUUAGCAAAUUUUUUUUCCUCCUGGGUGCUAUGUAACAAAUGCGCUCGCAGACCAGUAAGGGGUGACCAAAAUGACUGCGCUGACUUGUCUCUUAGACAACAUCAAAAGGGAAAUUAGGGAGGUGGACCGAGGGCUGAGACAUUUGCGAUGUCUAGAAGAGAUCAACGCGCGUUGCCUGUGCAGUUUAUACCUGCACCCUUUCUGCACUUGUAGAAUCCACCCAUUUCCCUUCUGCCUGUGUGGUACCCGCCGAUACUCGCACCUCUGCUGCCUGUGUGAUCUAUAUCCAUACUGCUUGUGUGACAGACAUCACUACUGUCCAUUGCGACCAUCACUCAGAAGACUGGAGAGGAAAGCCUUUCGAAUCCUACAGGAGGAAAAGAGAGAACUGGCUAAGCUGAGAAGACGAACAAAUAGGUUGCUGGUAGGAGACUACGACAGGAGUAGCGUUUUAGCAUCGGUGGAUAUGUGUGAAUUCGAACCGGAUCAAGUGAAAGUCAAAGUGAAAGACGGAAAGGUGUCAGUGACGGCAGAACGGGAGAACACAUACGAGUGUCUUGGAUCAAAGAACUACAGCUACUUAAGCAUCUGCAAGGAGUUCAACUUGCCUCCAGGAGUGGAUGAGAAGGAUGUGAUCUAUUCUUUCGGAACUGAUAAUGUAGUGAAGAUAGAAACACUAUGUGAGCCUCCAGGAUAUUCUAAAAGGAAGAUGUUAUUGUAAGGACAUACAGAC